UGAUGAUAGUGAUUCUUCACGCGCCUCUCUCUCUUCUUCGUCCUCUACAAAAACACUUGUCUCUCUUCUACACAUUGUUCUUCACGAACCUCUCUGUAUCAUCUUCAUCUUCUUCUCCCGUAAAGCUCUCGCGUCUAUGGCGGUCAAAUGUUUCUCUCUUUAUCUGAUUCUGGCGGCGAUUGUAAUCGGCGGCGUCACCUCCGAGUACAUAGAGUACAACACAAAACCGAGAAUCGUCCCUGAGAAAAUCAAUGUUCACUUAGUUCCUCACUCACACGACGAUGUAGGUUGGCUUAAGACCGUUGAUCAGUACUACGUAGGCUCCAAUAACUCCAUUAGGGGAGCUUGUGUUCAGAAUGUAUUGGAUUCUGUAAUCGCUUCAUUGCUUGAUGAUGAAAAUAGAAAGUUUAUUUAUGUUGAAAUGGCUUUCUUUCAAAGAUGGUGGAGGCAACAAAGCAAUGCUAAGAAAGUUAAAGUCAAGAAGCUUGUUGACUCUGGUCAACUUGAGUUCAUAAAUGGUGGAAUGUGUAUGCAUGAUGAGGCAACUCCACAUUAUAUUGACAUGAUUGAUCAGACUACAUUAGGCCAUCAGUUUAUUAAAACUGAGUUUGGUCAGGUUCCUAGAGUUGGUUGGCAGAUUGAUCCCUUUGGACAUUCUGCAGUACAAGCUUACCUGCUUGGUGCUGAGUUUGGCUUUGAUUCGCUGUUUUUCGCUAGAAUUGACUACCAAGAUCGUGCAAAGAGGUUAAGAGAGAAGACACUUGAGGUUAUUUGGCAAGGUUCCAAGUCUCUUGGCUCUUCUUCACAGAUAUUUACUGGUGUAUUCCCAAGACAUUAUGACCCUCCUGAAGGGUUCACGUUUGAAAUAAAUGAUGUAUCAGCUCCUAUCCAGGAUGAUCCUCUCCUUUUUGACUACAAUGUUCAAGAAAGAGUCAACGACUUUGUAGCAGCAGCCCUCGCACAGGUUAAUGUGACCAGGACAAAUCAUAUAAUGUGGUUAAUGGGAACUGACUUCCGUUACCAGUAUGCAUAUUCGUGGUUCAGACAGAUAGACAAGUUUAUUCAUUAUGUUAACAAGGAUGGGCGUCUCAAUGUUCUGUAUUCGACACCAUCUAUCUACACCGAUGCAAAAUAUGCUGCAAACGAGUCCUGGCCCCUAAAGACUGAUGAUUUCUUCCCGUAUGCGGACAAACCUAAUGCAUACUGGACAGGGUACUUUACGAGCAGGCCAGCCUUUAAGAAAUACGUGAGGGAUUUAAGUGGUUACUAUCUGGCAGCUCGACAAUUGGAAUUCUUGAGAGGAAGGGAUAGUUCAGGACCAACAACUGAUAUGCUAGCCGAUGCUUUGGCAAUUGCUCAACACCAUGAUGCAGUUAGUGGUACACAAAGACAACAUGUGGCUGCAGAUUAUGCUCUUAGACUCUCAAUGGGCUACCUGCAGGCCGAGAAAUUGGUUGCCUCUUCCCUUUCCUUUCUAUCAGCAGCAAAAUCAAGUACUGAAAAGAAGAAUCCUGGCACAAAAUUUCAGCAGUGUCCCCUGCUUAAUAUUAGUUACUGUCCUGCAUCUGAAGCUCGUCUGUUGAGCGGGAAAAGCCUGGUGGUUGUUGUUUACAAUUCUCUAGGAUGGAAACGAGAAGAAGUUGUCCGAGUUCCUGUGUCGUCUGAAAAUGUUAUUGUGAAAGAUGCAUCUGGGAAAGAAGUCGUGUUUCAGCUUCUACCUCUUUCAGAAAUCGCUUUGAGAAUUAGAAAUGAGUAUGUCAAAGCGUAUCUGGGAAGAUCACCACGGGAUACUGCAAAACACGUGCUUGCAUUUACAGCUUCAGUACCACCUCUUGGGUUCAGCUCGUAUGUAAUCUCAGACACUGGACGAACAGCGCGUGGACUAUCUGCAUCAUAUGUUACUUCUGGAAGCAUGAAUCAAAAUGUAGAAGUUGGCCAGGGAAAUCUAAAGUUACGCUAUUCAGAAGAAGGAGUUAAAAUAACUCGUCACUUAAGUACCAAAAAUCAGGUUACUGCAGAACAGUCAUAUGCUUAUUAUAUUGGAAGCAAUGGAACUGACAAGGAUCCUCAGGCUUCUGGAGCUUACGUUUUUCGACCAGAUGGUGUGCUUCCAAUUAAAUCUAAAGAAGAGGCUCAAUUGACUAUUGUUCAAGGACCUUUGUUCGAUGAAGUGCACCAGGAGCUUAACUCCUGGAUAUCACAGAUUACCAGAGUGUACAAGGGAAAAAACCAUGCUGAAAUUGAGUUCACAAUUGGGCCUAUACCAGCUGAUGAUGGUAUUAGCAAAGAGAUUAUCACUAAACUUACAACCACCAUGAAGACAAAUGGAACAUUUUACACAGACUCGAAUGGCCGUGACUUCAUCAAGCGGAUUCGGGACUUCAGAACAGAUUGGGACUUGCAAGUGUACCAACCGGUUGCUGGGAACUAUUAUCCUCUAAAUCUCGGGAUAUACAUGCAAGAUAAAACCUCAGAGCUAUCCGUGUUGGUGGAUCGAGCUGUAGGUGGAUCCAGCUUAGAGAACGGCCAGAUCGAGUUGAUGCUUCAUCGGAGAAUGCAGCAUGAUGACAUUAGAGGUGUUGGUGAGAUUCUUAAUGAAACAGUCUGUCUCCCUGAAGGAUGCAAAGGAUUAACGAUACAAGGGAAGUUUUAUGUACAGAUAGAUAAACCUGGAGAUGGGGCAAAAUGGCGUCGAACAUUUGGUCAAGAAAUUUAUUCUCCACUACUUAUAGCAUUCACAGAACAGGAAGGAGAUAGUUGGAUUAAUUCACAUAAGACGACAUUCUCAGCGUUUGAACCGUCAUAUUCAUUACCAAAAAACGUCGCAUUACUCACCCUCCAGGAGUUGGAAAAUGGGGAAGUUCUUCUAAGGCUUGCUCACUUAUUCGAGGUUCUUACUUGUCCUCUCUAUGCGUUUCCACCGUUAAUAAUGUGUUAUAGCUAUGUGCUUUUUGGUUGUGGAAAUGUAGUUUAACACUAGGCCGAUUAAACUAGCAAAUAAUUAGAGAUAUAGAAAAACUUGUAUUACUCAGAAAACCCAAAUCUUGCAGUGUCAGGAAACCAGACAAUUAGUUGUAUAGAGUUAGUUCAUAAAACCAAACCGUAACGUUUAGGGUGUAUUUUUCACCUAAAAAUCAAACUGUUUUCAUGUUUAUACUCGUAAAAAGCUGACUAUGCGGUUGAUCAUCGUGCUAUGUCAUUUGGUUUUCCUUAAUAGUUCCACAUGUGAAAUAAGAUGAGACCUAAAGUAAUAUAGAAGGGAGAUGGUCAAGUCCACUAAUUGGUUUUAAAUUGAGAACCCAUGAACUUCGACAGUGUUGCUUUUUUGGUUCACUAAGCAACGGGUUGGGGAGGAUAGUGAGUACUCAGUUAUGGCAAAAGUAGAGCUCAAGAAACUAUUCCACAACAAAAAGAUAAGGGAAGUAAAGGAGACAAGUCUUUCCGGGAACCAAGAGAAGGCGGAGAUGGAGAAGAGACGGCUAAUCUGGAAAGUAGAAGGCUCGGCCGGGGAGGAAGUGAAGAGAGGAGAGGCGGUGGACGCAGAGAAGCUAGUGGUUGAGCUUGUUCCGAUGGAAAUUCGAACCUUGUUGAUCAAGUUUGAUGAUCAAAUUGAAAUGGUUGGUGAUAAAGAGCAGCAACAUAGGUUAUGAAAUAAUACACGUUGUUGUUGUCUUUUUAAGUUUAAUCGGAGAAGAGAAAAAAGUUUGAAUUUAGUGUCUGAUGCGAGUUUAAAAUUCGGGUGAUUGCAACAGUCACGAGUGCGAUCCCGGUAGGAGUAUCGCAAUUUCUGCAUUAACAUUUACGUUUGCUAAGGGGUGGGCAUUUUAACCGAACCGAACCGAUCCGAACCAACCGAACUCAAACCGACCCAAACUAAACCCGGAUUAACACUAAAAUUAUUCGGUUAGGC